CCGACACUCCUCUGCUUCCCUCACACUAGCUUGGAACAAACAGCAUUAUUACAUCGGCGCGAAAUCCCCAAACACUUCCGACUGUAUAAUUGCUUCCCUCUUUUAACUAAAAUCGUCCUCAAAAUCGAUAGAAGGAAAAACAAAACCUCCCAAUACUUUCCACCGCCCGACAUGCUCCCCUUCUUCACCCUCCUCCUCUCCGCCGCCACCUUAGCCCAUAAAAUUCCCAUCUUUCUCCUCGCCGGCCAAAGCAACAUGUCCGGCCGCGGAGGAGUCGCCGGAAACAGCUGGGACCACUUCCACUUAACCCCGCCGCCGUGCCGGCCGACCCCUGACAUCCUCCGCCUCAGCUCCCGUCUCCUGUGGGAAGAAGCCCGGGAGCCCCUCCACGCCGACAUCGACGUGCACAAAACGUGCGGAGUGGGGCCCGGCAUGCCAUUCGCACAUGCCGUCUUGGCCGGCGGAUCGGCUCCGGCGCCGCUCGGCCUUGUGCCGUGCGCCGUCGGAGGAACGGCGAUCAGCGAAUGGGGUCGGGGGAGGCGGUUGUAUUUGAAUUUGGUGCGGCGAGCGCGCGCGGCGGUCGAGAAAGGAGGGAUCUUGGCGGCUGUGCUGUGGUACCAGGGGGAGAGCGAUACGGUUUCGAAGGUGGAUGCGGAGGCUUAUGGGAGGAGAAUGGAGACUCUGGUUUGGGAUCUGAGGAGGGAUUUGGAUGAGCCGGAUUUGCUCGUCAUUCAGGUUGCGCUUGCAUCAGGCGAAGGGAAAUACGUCGACAUAGUAAGAAAAGCACAGAAGGGAAUGAAAGUUCGGAAUGUGUUGUGUGUUGAUGCAGAUGGCCUGCAGCUUGAGCCUGAUAACCUGCACCUUACCACCGGAGCUCAAGUAACACUUGGUCAAAUGUUGGCUGAUGCUUAUUUAAAUCACACGGCAGUUUCUUCUCGCUUUGUUCGUGAUCUAUAGUUUUUGUCAAUGAAUAAGAAGAA